UUAAAGAUCCUAUAUAAACCGUGGGGCCCACGCACUCGAUCCCCAAACGAAGAUCCUUAACCACAACGCUCAAUAGUCCACCAAUGCACUGCGCGAAGGCGUCUUGGAUUAUCCCUUCGGUCUCGAUGAACGAGAAGGUCCCUCCGGUAACUUUGAAGCAGAAAAAGAAGUGUCUUUUGAGAUCUGUAACAGGGGAAAUUAGACCGGGGAGAAUAACGGCUUUGAUGGGACCCUCUGGCGCUGGAAAAACGACUCUUCUUUCGGCAUUGGCUGGAAAAACGGUCGGGUGUUUGAUAAGUGGAUUAAUUCUUAUAAACGGGAAAGUGGAGUCCGUUAGGUCGUAUAAGAAGAUUGUUGGAUUUGUACCGCAGGAUGAUGUCGUGCAUGGGAAUCUAACUGUCGAAGAGAAUAUUUGGUUCAGUGCCAAUUGCAGAUUGUCGGCAGAUUUACCGAAAGCAGACAAGGUACUUGUAGUGGAACGAGUCAUCGAAUCUUUAGGACUGCAGCCAGUGAGAGACUCCUUAGUCGGAACAAUCGAAAAACGAGGAAUCUCCGGUGGACAAAGAAAACGUGUAAAUGUAGGACUCGAGCUUGUAAUGGAACCUUCUCUUCUAUUCUUAGACGAACCCACCUCUGGUUUGGACAGCUCAUCUUCUCAGCUCCUUCUUCGAGCGCUCAAACGUGAAGCUGUUGAGGGUGUCAAUAUUUGCAUGGUUGUCCACCAACCAAGCUAUGCACUGUUUCAAACGUUCGAUGAUUUAAUACUUCUAGCAAAGGGAGGUCUCACAGCCUACCAUGGUGAAGUGAGAGAUGUCGAAGAAUACUUUGCACAUCUCGGUAUUAUUGUUCCGGAACGUAUUAAUCCGCCCGAUUAUUUCAUUGAUGUUUUGGAAGGAAUGGUCAAACCGAGCACUAGCUCAGGUUUGACUUACGAGGAGCUUCCAUUGAGAUGGAUGCUCCAUAAGGGCUACCCUGUACCUGCGGACAUGCAGAAGAGUGUUUCUGGUGUAGGUGAGCCCGCUUAUUCUGGAAAUCAAGAAAACUACCCUGGCUCCGGUACUGAACAACAGCUCUCGUUUUUUGGGGAAUUUUGGCAAAAUUUGAAAUAUAAAGUGGAAGCUCAAUGUGACGUGUUGAAGAAUAAUUUCUUGAAGUCGAAGGAUUUGUCGGGGAGGAGAACUCCUUGGAUUUUAUUACAGUACAGGCACUUCUUAGGAAGGAUGGCUAAACAGAGGCUUAGAGAAGCGAGAAUCCAAGCAAUAGACUAUCUGAUAUUGCUUCUUGCUGGUGCUUGUUUGGGUCUUAUUACAAAAGCGAGCGACGAAAGCUUUGGUGGACCCGGUUACACUUACACCAUUAUAGCUACUUCUUUGCUAUGCAAAAUCUCGGCUUUGAGGACGUUUUCAUUGGACAAGUUACAGUACCAGAGAGAACGUGCUUCGGGAAUAAGCAGCCUCGCUCAUUUUAUUGCGAAAGACACAAUCGACCAUUUUAGUACACUUAUUAAGCCUUUAGUGUAUCUAUCGAUGUUUUAUUUCUUUAGCAAUCCGAGAUCUCUCUUUCUGGACAAUUACAUCGUACUUCUCUGUCUCGUAUAUUGCGUCACCGGUAUCGCUUACGCAUUGGCAAUAUUCCUCGAACCCGGUCCAUCUCAGCUGUGUUCGGUACUUCUACCGGUGGUUUUGACUCUUCUUUCGACACAGCCCACAAACAGUCAAGUUAUGAAGACUCUGACGCGUCUGUGUUAUCCGCGUUGGGCUUUGGAAGCGUUUAUUGUUUCGAACGCAAAAAGAUAUUACGGUGUAUGGCUAAUACAACGGUGCGGUGCACUUAUGAGAACGGGGUACAAUCUGCAUGAAUGGUAUCGAUGUAUAUACCUUCUCGUGGGAGCCGGUGCAGCUUGUCGAAUCGUAGCUUUCAUCGGUAUGCUAACUUUAGGAAAGAAAUAAUAAAGUAUAUAAACUUGUUAAAAAAUAUACAUGUAGUUAAAAUUUGUUUAUUUUUAUACGAGGUCGAUCGAGUCACGGCUAACAACUUGUAAUGAAAUUAGAUUAGACGACAAAUAUAUACGCUAAUAGGGGCCUUGAGGGGCAUGUUUAUAUGAUUUGUAUAUAUAUACAUACAUACAAUUUUAUUUGAAUGAAUUGAUCUCGAAAGUAAAAUUUGAUCCUUGAAUCCCUGAAGAAAUAUGAAUACAAAAAGUUCGAUACAUGGAAAUACGAACGAGGUGUAAAU